AUGGCUGAUCUCGACACGAUGCACAGCAUCAUCGAGAAGGAAAAGGGUCGCUUAGAUAUCGUCUUCGCCAAUGCAGGUAUCGGCACGUUUGUGCCGCUGGAUUCAAUCACCGAGAAACAAUUUGAUGAACUAUUCAACAUCAACGUAAAAGGCGUAUUGUUCACUGUCCAGAAAGUCUUACCAUUGAUAAGCGAAGGUGGAUCCAUCAUCUUAAAUGGAUCUGUUAGCUCCAUUAAAGCUUAUCCUACCACGAGUCUUCUGAGUGCAAGCAAGGCGGCUGUUCGCUCGUUUGCCCGUUGCUGGACGGUCGACCUGAAGGAACGCAAGAUUCGAGUCGAUAUCCUCAAUCCAGGGGCAAUUCCAACAACUGCAUGGGACAAAGCCGGAUUUAGUGACGAGAUGAAAAAAACAAUGAACGCCGAUUUCCUCUCUGCUAUACCCAUGAAUCGAUUUGGUAUGUCUGAUGAAAUUGCCAAAGUAGCCGUCUUCCUAGCUUCAAGUGAUAUCACGGGUAUUGAACUGUUUGUCGAUGGAGGCAUGGCUCAGAUUUGA